UAUAUGCAUCAAAAUAUAUAUAUAUAUUGGCUUUUGUUAAGACAUAACUUUCAUUUGCUGUAUCAUAUGUACGUAAAGGGAUCCAUGCAUGUUUGUUAGUGGGCGUUGCACUGCUCAACAAUCUGCAGUUUUUGUCAUGUUUACAGUUCUUAAAACAGAACAUGAUUUUAAGAGAUCGUACGCAUGUAAACGUUUCGUUAUCUAAUCUGAAAAAGCUUGAUAAUAUAAUAAGUAAAAUUUAUCGUGCCUAAUUUUCUCUGAAUUUUCUAAUCAUACAUUAUAGAUUAGAACUCAAAUAUUGACGUCUUCCAAGCAACUUGAAGCAACUAAACCUAAGUUUGACAAGGUUCCUUUUUGAAUAUUUAAAAAGACAAGAAAUAAAAAAAAUAAAAAUACCGCUAAAUAAGGAAAAUCCUCCAAAUGGCAGAAACCCAUCAAGUCUUCAUUCUACUUCCACCAGCUUUUCUUCUUGUCUUUUGUAUUAACUGUACAGGAGGAAGCAGUCAAAUUUCCAUGCAAAUAAUCUACUGCUUAAAAUACUUUUCUUAGUUAAAGAAACCUCUUCAAUGGAAGACAAUCCACCUAAGUAAUCUAAAUAACAAAUUACAACUUGGACUUGUUAUUUGAUAAUAACAAAUUAAUGAACAGAUAAAAACCAACUCAUACAGUAUAGUAAAGAAGAGGCCAUUGGCCAUGGAUGUUGUUUCUCUUUCUCCUAUCAUGACCUCUUCUUCUUCCUCAGGUAUUUUGCCGACUGGUUCUUUGCUGGAAUCCCUGAUUCUAUUAUCCAAUGAAGUUGCUUCAAUGGAUAAUCUUCCAUUCUUACAGGUCAGAAAUAUUUCAACUAUGAUAAGAAGGAUCAAGCUACUUUCUUCUUUGUUUGAAGAUUUACAAGAAACAAAUUCUACUCCUCUACCUCCAUCUUCAAUCCUGUGCCUCACUGAACUUCUUUCUGUUAUUAAAAGAGUGAAGUUUUUGAUUCAAGGAUGCAAAGAUGGUAGCUGUCUUUGGAGUCUUGUCCAGACAGAAUUGGUGUCAAAUCAGUUUUAUGUUCUGGUGAAAGAGAUGGGUAGAGCACUUGAUAUUCUACCUUUAAGCUUGCUUAAUUUAACAGCAGAUACUAGAGAACAGGUUGAGCUACUUCACAAGCAAGCAAAGAGGGUAGAUUUGUUAAUUGAUCCUAAAGAACUUCAAAGAAGAGAAGAACUUCUACAGAUAAUGGCAUGGAAUAAUGGAAAGAUUAGCAAAAACAAGGGAUUCAUUGAUACUGACAAAGUGAAAGAAGUUUUUAGCAGCAUUGGAUUGAGAAGUUCAUUGGAUUACGACGAAGAAAUCCUGAAGCUGGGAGUUGAAGCACAGAAACAGGCAGGAACAGGAGGACUAAUUGUUGUUUCAAAUAUAAACAAUCUUAUGUCAGUUCUUGCAUAUUCCAAGUCCAUGAUUUUCAGUGAUGAUGAGAUUAAGAAGAUCAAAGAAGAUUUCAAACAGCAGUCUGCAUCUGCGAAUAAUAGAAACUUUGAUGUUUCUUCAUCUUCUCACUCGGAGAUUCUGAAUGUUCCUGAUGAAUUUCGUUGCCCCAUUUCUCUUGACCUGAUGAAAGAUCCAGUGAUAGUAGCAUCAGGGCAUACUUAUGAUCGAAAUUCGAUUGCUCAAUGGAUCAAUGAAGGUUAUCAUACUUGUCCUAAAAGUGGGCAGAGACUAAUUCAUAUGGCUUUGAUACCUAAUUAUGCACUAAAGAGUCUAGUGCAUCAAUGGUGCCAAGAUAACAAUAUUCCAUUAGUAGAUUAUUCAUAUUCAUCUACUACAGAUCAACUGGGGAGAAGCGACAGCAAGAAGAAAAUUUAUGACAGAGCUGUUGAUCACAUUUCUGCCACGAAAGCUGCUUCUGAUGCUGUUAAAAUGACAGCUGAGUUUUUGGUGGGAAAACUAGCAAUGGGAUCCCCUGAAAUUCAGAGGCAGGCAGCUUAUGAGCUCAGGUUAUUAGCGAAAACUGGCAUGGAUAACCGCAGGAUUAUCGCUGAGGCUGGAGCAAUACCAUUUCUUGUAAUAUUACUAAGUUCUAAAGAUCCAAGAAUUCAAGAAAAUGCUGUGACAGCUUUACUUAACUUGUCCAUAUUCGACAACAAUAAGAUUCUGAUAAUGGCGGCAGGAGCAAUUGAUAGCAUAGUAAAUGUCCUAGAAUCAGGAAACACUAUGGAGGCAAGGGAAAAUGCAGCUGCAGCAAUCUUUAGCCUGUCGAUGCUUAAUGACUGUAAGGUGACUAUUGGCGCUUGUCCAAGAGCAAUUCCAGCCUUGGUUCGGCUAUUAAAAGAAGGCACAACAGCCGGAAAAAGAGAUGCUGCUAGUGCACUAUUCAAUCUUGCAGUCUAUAAUGGUAAUAAGGCAAGUGUCGUACUUGCUGGAGCAGUUCCUCUGCUAAUUGGAUUGUUGACAGAUGACAAGGCGGGCAUAACAGAUGAUGCCUUGGCAGUUCUGUCUCUACUAUUGGGCUGUGCUGAAGGGUUGGAAGAGAUAAGGAAGAGCAGAGUUCUGGUGCCUCUUCUUAUUGAUCUCUUAAGAUUCGGAUCCACCAAAGGGAAAGAGAACUCUAUAACUCUUCUGUUGGGUCUGUGUAAAGAUGGAGGAGAGGAGGUUGCCAGACGUCUGUUAAUUAACCCGCGGAGUAUUCCUUCUCUUCAGAGCUUGUCUUCUGAUGGGUCUUUGAAAGCCAGAAGAAAAGCUGAUGCAGUGCUUAGAUUACUUAAUAGGUGCUGCUCUCGGUGCCACAAUCCUGGUGGAUAACAGGAGAGCAGGAAAAAUCCCAAAAGGGGCAAGUGCACAUUUGUGGAAAUCAUAAAAAUGAUACUUGUGUUCGAUUGUUGAUAUGUAAUUUAAGCUCAUAAUUUACAUUUUUUGGGAUGUCCUGAAGUCAUCUUGUACAUGAGCAGCUUUGCAGUUAGACAAAUAAGAUGCUUUAAAUCAGAGUUUUGGUGCUU